AGGUAAGUGAAUUACAGACACAGCAGCAUGCUCGCCUAGUAGUUUAACUAGAAAUAGCUCCUCCUCUAACUGAAGGAGCAGAAGUCCAAACAGACCAGCGGCUGAGUUUCCAGACGCAGGCUGCUGAGACGAAGCAAACAGGGGCGGUAACUAUACAUACAACUAACAAGCUGCGCUCACUGCAAGGCUCUGGGCCCUACCUCGCGUAGUCUCUGUGACUUCCCAAAGACUAUGUCACCCCACACUAAAAGAAGUGCUUGAAUUAGCAAAGUGAUGUGGGCUGAAAAAAUUGGGAAACAGUUGGGCCACCCGACACAAUCCGUAGCAGGGUAGCUGGUCAGUAAGUUCCUUAAAGUGCACAACUGUAUUCUUGAGGAGAGUGUUGUGCAGCUGUCUGGGAUCCAACCUGAGGACAAAGUGCUGGAGCUGGGUCAUGGCCCGGGUCUCGGUAUGCAGUUAGCAGCCAAACUGCUCACAGAGCCCACAGGCCGUCUUAUAGGGGUGGAUUAUUCAGCAUACAUGCACCAGAUGGCAAGUGAGCGAUUUGAAGGAACUUUUGGCCAGUGGGAAAGUGACCGUACAACCUCUGUGAUGUAGCAGCAAUGCCUCUGGCAGACAGCACUGUGGACAGAGUUUUUCAUUGUAACUGCUACUACUUCAGUCCUGACAUCAGGAAGGGAGCCACAGAGAUACACCGGGUUAUGAAACCAGGAGGCCUGAUGGUGACCUCGCUGAGGCUGACACAUGUUGCUGCUUUUGCAGCAAAGCAAGUGAUGCCAUCGGAGAACUGGCGCCCAGACUCUGGCUUCACUGAUGUCAGAAUGGAAGACAACAGCACAAACGCAUUACUUUUCAGGCUAUCUAUGCCAUUGCCUCAAAAUGAGAUUGAAAUCAAACUGCAAGUGCGAGAUUGUGCGUAGUCUACCCAAUUUUGUUAUUGUGAAGUUUUGUAAAACUGACAGUGUUUCUGACAAUUGCGUCUCCUCUCUAUGGCAGAUUUUAAAUCCAAGAAUGGAAACAAAUUGAACACUUAAAUGCAGUUAAAUACAAAGUGUUAUUUGUUUUGUUUUGUUUAAUAACUGAAUUCAUCUUUUUUUCAUUGUGACAAGAGUAAUCCAUGACAUAACAUUUUUGAUAUACAUAAAAAAAUACAUACGCUCAUUGUAACUAUACUAUUUAUACCUCACACACAUAGUAAAAGUAAACACACACACACACGUAUAUAAAAUGUAAUCAAAUUCAAGUUAAAGUAAAAAAGAGGUGAUUUGGCUAAACUGUAAGUAAAAUAGGAUAACAGAAGGAAUAGAAACAACUAAUAUGUUUCAGUGUCAGUGUUCUGCACUGAUUGACACAAUUUGAAAAAGUCUAUAAAUAUGUACAUUUUUGCGUACCACCAAAUGGAAACCUGUGCUUUAUGUCACGUUGGGUGGUUCAAAAUGUUGUUGUUAAUGAAGAACUAGAGGUCAAAGUGACUUAAAAACAAGUUUAUCCAACAAACCAUGAAUUGCCGUAUCAUGUUGAAACUACUAACAAUUCAACGUUAGGUGGCGAUCGUGCUCCGAUUGGGUGGAAAUCGCCAAUCGAAGAAGAAGAAGAAGAAGAAGAAGUAGAAGUAAGAAGAAGAAGAAGAAGAAGAAGAAGAAGAAAGAAGUAGAAGAAGAAGUAAGAGAGGGAAAUCCAAAACGUCUCUCGACGUUGUUGUGAAGUGAAAAAGUGAAGUUGAGCUGUAACAGCGGCUGUGAAGUGGACUGUCAACGCGGAUGAAAACAGAAUGCAGAAGGCUUCCCGUUUGAAGCGUGAACUUCAGAUGCUGAGCACCGAGCCACCUCCAGGGAUAACAUGCUGGCAGACCGAGGAGCAGAUAGACGACCUCCGGGCACAGAUAGUGGGGGGAACAGAGACCCCAUAUGAAGGUGGACUCUUCUCCUUAGAGAUCAUGGUCCCAGAGAGGUACCCAUUUGAGCCUCCCAAAAUGCGAUUCUUGACCCCCAUCUACCACCCAAAUAUUGACAAUUCAGGACGUAUCUGUCAUGAUGCCCUCAAACUCCCGCCAAAGGGUGCCUGGAAGCCAUCCCUGAACAUCUCCACAGUCCUCACCUCCAUUCAGCUGCUCAUGGCUGAGCCCAAUCCAGAUGACCCACUCAUGGCUGAUAUAUCAUCAGAGUUCAAAUACAACAAACAGCUGUUCAUGGAGAAGGCCAGGAAGUGGACACAAGAACAUGCUGUUCAGAAGAACAUGGGAGUCGCGGAGGGAAGCAAAGAAAAUACUCCAGAUCAUAAAGCUUCAUCCCGCAAAAGAGAGGCUUUCGGUUCACAGCAGGAAGCAGACGAGCCAGCAAAGAAAACCUGUGUGUAGUUUCCAUCUUGUUUGUUAGAGCCACAGGUCUCUCUUCUCCAGAGCCACCAAGCCGUACACACCUGUCCACAUAUCAAGACUAUGGUCUUAAAUGGAAUAUGUAGUGCUAAUACUUACUACUUAUUAUUGAUUCCUUUUCUAACUAUAUAUUUAUAUGUAUGAAUUGUAUAUUUUGUUGUGAUAUUAAAGUUUAUUUUGAACACCAAUUCAUCAAACUAA